CACAACAACAAUGGCGUCCAAAGCUUUCCUCUUCGCUCUUUGCUUCAUUUCAUUCUCCUCUUCUAUCUUAGCCGAAUUUGUUAAAGUUUCUGUGAAAGGAGUGACCACCAUUGCUGAAACCGACAAUGAUUUCAUCUGUGCUACUCUGGAUUGGUGGCCUUCUGAUAAAUGUGAUUACGGCCAAUGCCCCUGGGGAAAAGCUGGCCUUCUCAAUUUGGAUCUGCAGAACAUUAUCUUGUCUAAAGCAAUCAAGGAGUUCAAUCCUCUGAGAAUCCGAGUUGGAGGGUCACUUCAAGAUCAAAUCAUUUAUAAAGUUGGGAACUCAGUCAAAAAGUGCCCUCAGAUGAAGAAACAAGACGAUGGUUUGUUCGGAUUCAGCAAAGGUUGUUUCCACAUGGAAAGAUGGGAUGAACUUAGCGAUAUGUUCAACAAAACCUCGGCUCGGAUUACGUUUGGUUUGAACGCUCUAAUCGGUAAAAAACCAUCCAAUGAUGGAAAAGGCACAUGGGUUGGUGAUUGGGAUCCACGUAAUGCUCGAGAUUUCAUUCGAUACACUGCCUCUAAAGGCUACCAAAUCGAUUCUUAUGAACUGGGAAAUGAGCUUUCUGGUAGUGGGGUUUCUGCAAGGCUUGAGGCUGAUCAAUACGCCAAGGAUCUUACUCUCAUGAGACAGGUAGUGGAAGAAGUUUAUCCUGAUGCCAACAACAGACCCAAAAUUCUGGGCCCUGCUGGGUUCUUUGACAGAGAAUGGUUCAAGACCUUCCUUCAAAACACUGAACCCAACGCUGUUGAUGGAGUCACCCACCAUAUUUACAAUCUUGGUCCAGGGGUUGAUCCUGAGCUUAUCUAUAAGGUUCGAGACCCUUAUGUUUUGGAUCAAAUUGCUCAAACUUUCAAGGAAGCUGCGGACGUUUCAGCCAGCUUUGGGCCGUGGUCUAAGCCUUGGAUUGGUGAAUCUGGUGGCGCUUACAACAGUGGUGGCAGAACUGUUUCUCAUACCUUUGCUGAUGGCUUCUGGUACUUGGAUCAAUUGGGGAUGACGGCCACGUUCAAUCAUCAUGUUUAUUGUAGACAAGCUUUGAUCGGUGGAAACUAUGGCCUGCUUAAUACCACUUCGUUCAUCCCUAAUCCAGAUUAUUACAGCGCACUUCUAUGGCACAGACUAAUGGGAACGAAGGUCCUGUCGGCGUCCCACGACAGCUCUCCAUAUCUUCGUGUCUAUUCUCACUGCACCAAGAACAACGACGGCGUGACAGUGCUUCUAAUCAACAUGUCGAACUCGACGAGCUAUGAUGUGAAGAUUGUGAGCGAAAGAAGGCUUUAUCCCAACGCCAUGGGCGGGCGAUUACAGGCAAGAGAAGAGUACCACUUGAGUCCCAAAGACGGCGAUAUUCAAAGCGACGUGAUGCUCCUCAACGGAUCUCCUCUGCAGCUGACACCCAAGUUGGACAUUCCCGGCAUGUCGCCCAAGCUGGUGGAUCCCACUUCUGCCGUGUCAGUCGCCCCUAAUUCCUACGUCUUUGUCACCAUUAAAGACUUCAAAGCAGCUGCUUGCGCCUGA